AUGAUCACCACCAUGUCCUCCUCCUCCUGCAGCGGCCUGGGCGGCGGCGCGGCGGCGACCUCAAAGCGCAAGUCGCCUGAGCCGACGUCGGUGCUGUACAACCGGAGCCCCAGCCCGCCCACCUCCUCGUCCGCGCACUCCUCCGAGCCGCCGCCCAUCAGCGCCGAGGACUGGGACGCCGUGCUGCUCUCCUCCGGCGGCUGCGACGACGCCAUGGCCGCCGCCGCGCACGGCACCCGGGAGGACAGCUCCUUUCUUAGGUGGAUCAUGGACGCCGGGUACGCGGACGGCGACGGGGACGCCUUCGGCUUCAAGGGCCCCGCCCCCUUCGACCCCUCCUUCCUGCCCCCGCCCCCUCUCCACCCGCCGCACCGGGAGGAGCCGGAGGAGCAGCCCUUCUCGCUCCCGCAGCUCCCGCCGCAGCUCUCCGUCCCGCAGCAUCCGCAUCAGCAGGUCCAUUUCCCCGUCUCCUCCGCCGCAGCGGGCGUCGCCGGGGGAGGAGAUGGAGAUGGAGAUCUCGAGCCCCAGGCGGCGGUGGACGAGCUGCUCGAGGCGGCGCGGCGCGCCGACGCCGGGGACCCCGCUGGCGCGCGAGAGAUAUUGGCGCGGCUCAAUCACCGGCUCCCCUCGCCGCCCGCCCCGCCGGGGCACCCUCCCCUGCUCCGCGCCGCCGCGCUGCUCCGGGACGCGCUCCUGCACCGCCUCCUCCCGCCCACGCCCAGCAGCUCCGUCCUCUCGCCGCUCGACGUCGCGCUCAAGCUCGCCGCGCACAAGGCGCUGGCGGACGCGUCGCCCACCGUCCAGUUCGCCGGGUUCACGGCCACGCAGGCCUUCCUCGACGCGCUGGGCGCCGGCGCGCGCCGCGUGCACGUCGUGGACUUGGACAUCGGCUUCGGGGGCCACUGGCCGCCGCUCAUGCAGGAGCUCGCGCACCACUGGCGCCGCACCGCCGCGUCGUCGACGCCGCCGCCGGCCCUGAAGGUGACGGCAUUGGUGUCGCCGGGGUCGAGGCACCCGCUGGAGCUCCACCUCACGCAGGAGAGCCUGGCGCGCUUCGCCGCCGAGCUGGGCAUCCCGUUCGAGUUCGCCGCCGUCGCCUUCGACCCCUUCAGCGCCUCGCCGCCGCCGGGCCUAUCCGCGGCGCCCGACGAGGCCGUCGCCGUGCACAUCACGGUCGGCACGGAGACCUCCGGGCCAACACCAGCCUCCCUCCGCGUCGUGAAGCAGCUCCGGCCCGCCAUCGUGGUGUGCGUGGACCACGGCUGCGACCGUGCCGACCUGCCGCUCCCGAGCCACGCGCUCAACGUGCUCCGCUCCUGCGCCGCGCUGGUCGAGUCGCUCGACACGCCCGGCGCGUCGCUGGACGUGGCGGCCAAGGUCGAGCAGUUCAUCCUGCGGCCGAGGGCGGAGCGCCUGGUCGCCGGCGGCGAGAAGCUGCCCCCAUGGCGGUCCACGUUCGCGUCCGCCGGGCUCGCGCCGCUGCAGCUCAGCAAUGCGGCGGAGGCGCAGGCCGAGUGCCUGCUCCGGCGCACGGCCAACCAUGGGUUCCACGUCGAGAAGCACCAAUCAGCGCUGGCGCUCUGGUGGCAGCGGUCGGAGCUCGUGUCAGUGUCGGCAUGGCGGUGCUGA